UAUAUUGUAAAAAUAUUAAUACCAAUUUACCAAUACUGGCAUACUUAUUCACCGUUUUAUUAUUUUUACUAAUAUUAAUUUAAGUUUUUGUUAUAUUUAGAAGUCAAAAUUAUACUUGGCUAUAAUAUGUAAUAUCCUUAUUGUUCUUAAAUUAUAACAUUGAAUCAGUCAUAAUAACUUUAAAUUAAUAUUAAUAUAUUUUAUAAAUCAAAUUUGGUUGAUAUAAUUGUUAAAGAUAGCAUUCAAGCUGGCGUCUUUCGAUGAAAAUAAUGAAUUUGAAAGCAAGAAACGGAAGAAACAUAAAAAAGAUAAAUACGAAGAUAAGGAGAAGUCUGGUGGCUUAAAAUUGAUAUUAAAAGUUGGCAGUGGAAGUUGUUUGCCUGCUGAUGAAAUAGUUAAUAACACUAAUGGUAAUCAUGAAGCAAAUGAUUAUUUAUCUAAAUCGCAUAAAAAGAAAAAAAAGAAGCAUAAGCAUCAUAAAGAGAAGAAAAAAAGAAUGCGAGAUGAUAUUACAAUUCAAGAAGAAAUAAGUUUAGGCGAGGAGACUUUAGCAGAAGCUCCAAUGUCCAAACGUCCUAUAAGUUUUGAAAAUAACAGUAAGGUCACUACAAAUUCUACCGAUUCUCAAAAUGGUGAAUGGAAAUCAGAAGAAACAAACAAUCCAAAUGAAAAUCGACAAACUUUGCAACAAUUAUUAACACAUUUGCUUAGAGCUUUGGAACGUAGAGAUCCUCAACAAUUAUUUGCAUGGCCAGUUACAGAUCGUAUUGCACCUAAUUAUUCUCGUCUUAUUUCUAAACCAAUGGAUUUUGAAACAAUUCGCCGAAGCAUUCAAAGUGAUCUUUAUACCAGUUUAAAUGCGUUUGUUGCAGAUUUUAAAUUGAUGUGUGAAAAUGCCAUGACAUAUAAUCAACCAGAAACUAUUUAUUAUAAAGCAGCUAAACGACUUCUUCAUGCUGGUUUAAAAUUAACAGGUCCAGAAAAAUUAAAAACACUGUUAUCUGCAUUACCUGGAAUGGCUAAUAUACCUCCAUCACAGCUGGGCUUUGAUAUUAACCAAGAAUAUCAUGGAGAUACUUCAAAUGAUACAAUUAUUGAAAAUAUUGAACGAUCUUCUGAACGACUGCAUGAUAAUGACCUAUUAAAUCAACGAAAAAUGAUAUCAAAAUUUGAGGCUAUACCCGAUGAUUUAACACCAGAUGAAAUACUUAAACAAGUGCAAAAUGCUGCUAAAGCAGCUUCUGAAAAAUUGGCUACAAAAAAUACUAAGAUGGGAUUCUUGAAACAACAAAACAAUGGAUCCACAUCACUAUCGAUUUUAGUGCCAAAUGAUGGAAUCAAUCCUGAAACUGGAGAAAGGCCUGUUCUCUUAGGAUCAUUAAUUGGAAAGUUGAGUCAUGGAGUUGGAUCAAUUUCAGGUUUCCGCGAAGACAGGCGUAACAUGGUUAAAACUGUAAAACCAUUAUAUUAUGGAGCUUUUGGUUCUUAUGCUCCAACAUAUGAUUCAACUUUUGCCAAUUUAACAAAAGAUGAAUCAGAUUUAGUUUUGAGAACUUACGGUGAUGAAGCAUCUGCACAAUAUGCAGAAAGCAUUUUAAACUUUACUAAAGACUCAGAUUAUGCAAUGACUAUGGCAGAUAAUUUGCUUGAUUUAAUGACUGGUGGUGAUCAUCGUAAAACAAAACGUGUAUUAGAUGAGCGAAAAAAACAACAAGUAGUUUUAGAGGAUAGCAAGAAACCAAUUAAUCAAUUACAUCAGCCUUCAUCGUGUCAACCCUUAGCAACUUCACUAAUGAAUACAGGAAGUUCAAAUACUACAACUGCUAACCAUCAAACUAAAACUGCUCCAAUACAAAUUGAUCAGUUAAAAUCAUUAUCAGAACUUGGAAUUGAUACAAAAUUUAUAGAUUAUUAUCAAGAACAAAGUGUAUUUCAAGAUCGGUUGGAUCAUGUUGGUGGAUUGCUUGGACGUUUACAAAACGUACAAAAUCAACGUUUGAGUGCUCCUCUUCCACAACAUCUUUCACAAAUAGCACAUCCAUCACCACAGGAAAUUCAAUUAGCGGAUAAAAUAACUGAAUCCCUUGCUGAAAAUUUAAAAAGAGUCCCACCAUCAGCCGUGAUGUCCGUCACAGGCGUACGUAAAGCAAUGGGUAUUGCACAAAUAUCCCAUUUAGAGUUAAAUCAAAAUAAUUGUCAUCCUCCAAAUUUGGUAAAUCAUGGAUCAUCCCAUCAACAGACACAGGUAUCAUUAAUGGGAGAUGGAAUACAAGAUCGCGUGGAAGGUGUUGAAGGUACUGUGUCUGGGGUUGAUUUAGAAUCUGAAUUAAGAGAAUUUCUAGAAAGUGAUCCUACUCUAACUAGCUUUCCAUUGCAUGAUGAAAAUGAUCGAACAAUUGAAGAGAUAUUAUCUGAAUCAUAAUUUUUUAAUUAUAUGAAUUAUUGAUUGUUUUUUUUUUUUUUGUAUUAAUAUUAAAUAUUAAUUAAAAAAAACUAUAAAUGUUGAACUUUAAAAAUCUGUAUGAGAAAUCGACUAAAAUAAUUAAUAAAUAAUGGAAGUAUAGUGUUAAACUGUCUUAUUUGCAUUUAAUUUAUUUAUUAGUUUUUAACUAAAAAUUUAAUUUUUAAUUUUAUUGAAUCCUACAAUUUCAGUAAAUAUAUUUUAAAUUGAAAUGUAUAAAAUGCAUGAAAUCUAUUUCCUGAUUUUUAAAAUAAAAUAUAUUAUGUGAAUGUUAUAAUCAAAUAUAUACAGUAUGUGAACAUCAUAAAUACAUGAAAAUAAGUAAUAACAAUAAAUUAACAUGCAUACAUUUUUAAGUGAUCUUUACAAAUUAAUAAUUAUGUAUUUUAUAGUAAUAUAAAUACUUAAGAUAUAACAAAUUUAAAUUUACAAAUAUAAAUUAUACUAUGUAUGAUGUGAACCGAUAUGGAUGUUUUUGUAUAUUAACAUAGUCUUAAAUUUUGAUAUAUAAUUUACCUUUUUAUGUAAAAUAUGAAUACUAUAAUUAAUUUAAUAUAUGCUGUUUAAUAUUAUUUAGAUUGUAUAAUUUGGCAGGUUCUUAUAACUAAAAAGUAAACAUAUAUUUUAAUUUUUUAAGUGUUUAAUACAUUAUUUAUAGUAAAGAUUUAUAUAUAUUAUAAUUAUUUUUUAAUUCCAGAUUUCAAAAAUAUUUAAAUUAAAUUAUAGACAUCUAUGAUGAAUAAGUUAAUUUAUUUUCUUUUGCUCUUAUCUAAAAAAUUUAACGUUUUAGGAUAAGCUUUAAGCAUAUUAUUUAUAUACAUAUAUACAUUUAGCCUUUUUAAAAAUUAUUGCUGCUUUCAGGAUAUUUAUAUUUUUUAAAAUAGAUAGUUAAGUAUGAUUUAGUGUGUACCAAUAAUUUUAGGCAUUGAAACUUAUUUUUUUUUUAGUCAGCAAAAAUUUGUUUUAAUUUUUAUUUAUAGUUAAAUCUCUUAAAGUCAUUCAUAUUUUUUUUGUAUAAGUAGUAUAGACUAUAAUAUUAUAUGGUCAUUACUCAUUACUGUUCAACAAGUGUGAAUGCACGGCACUCUGAAAUUGUAUUAAUCAUUACAUUGGUAGAUGAUUGAUUUGUUUAUGAAAUAAUUUAAGUAUAACAUAGUAGGACCUACCAGUGGUGUGCUCAGCUUUUUUGAAAGGGGUGAUAUUCAUUUUUGACUUGUCAUAGACCCUAAUUUUUUUUUCAUGUAGAUAAUAAAUCAUAACAAAAAAAAUUCAAAGGGGGGAUAUGUCUCCCUGAUUCCCUGUGACCACACCACUGGGACCUACUUAGGUAUUUAGGCAUGUUUUUUAAUAAAAUAUCUUAUAAUACUUAAUGUAUAACUACCAAGAAUUAUAAAAUUAAAAUAUAAGUGUUUUGAGAGUAAAUACAAUUUGUGUUAAAAAUAGAUUUUUGAUGUAUAUUUCACAAAACAAUUAAUAAAUUAAAUACAUAUUAGCUAAGUAUGUAUCUAUAAAAAAAAUA